AUGGGGUUAGAUGAUUAUGACAAUUUAUUUAAAAUGAUUGCUGUCGCAGAAGCAUUUGGUGAAUUAGAUCCACCAAAACCAAUAAUAAAAUAUUGGGUUCAUCCAAUUAAACAUGAUAGAGAAGAAUUGAACCAAUUCGAUACUUUUUAUACAAAUUUGAGAUUGUACAGUGAAAAUUUUUUUGAGUAUUAUAGGGUGUCUAUAACUUUUUUUGACGAAUUAUUAGAGAAGUUACGCCCUUACAUAACAAAAGAAAAUAUUCAGUUUCGUAACUCUAUUAGUGCUGAACAACGACUAACAAUUAUAUUAAGGUAA